AUGCUGUACCGCGCCGUGCUGUUCACGUUCGCGCCCACGGCCCUGGAGCUGGUGUUUGUCAUAACACUGCUGGCCACGCGAUUCAGCCCCGUCACGGCCGCGCUGGUGGCGGCCACCUUUGUGGUGUAUGUAUCCUGGACUCUCGCACUCACGCAGAUGGCUGUUGAGGUGCGCAAGCGCGUCAACACGCUGGACAACCUCACGACCACCAAGGCAGUGGACGCACUGCUCAACGCAGAGACGGUUGCGCUCUUCAACAACAGGGACCUGGAGGUGUCCCAGUACGACCACUACCUGAGGGGCUUCCAGGCCGCAGCCAUACAGACGGAGAGGCUGGCAGCAACACUCAAUGCGGGGCAGGCAUUUGUGCUGUCUGUGGGCCUGACCCUAGUGCUGAUCAGCGCGGUGGUCGGCGGGCCCAGCGCGGGCGCAGCCUUGGCAGCAGGCGGAGCGGCGGGCGCGGCCACGGGCUUCAGCCCCGGCGACCUGGUGCUGCUGCAGGGCCUGCUGCUGCAGCUGUGGAGCCCCCUGCAGUUCCUGGGGUGGUUCUACAGGGAGCUGCGGCAGUCCCUGGUUGACCUGGAGGAGUUUUUCGAGAUCCUGCAGACACGCAGCGACCUGCCAGACGGGGACAGGCCGCUGCCAGACGCACCGCCAGCGAGGGGGCUCGCGCCCCUCACCGCCGGCGCAGCGGCGCUUGAGGAGCGGCGCGCGAGCCACGGGCUCGCGAGUGGCAGCGGGCAGGCGGCUGACGGCGCGGGCGGUGGUGUGGCGUGGGGGCGGACUGUUGGCCUGGAGGUUGAGCUGGACAGUGUGCGGUUUGGGUACCACCCCGAGAGGAUGGUCCUGAAGGGCGUGUCGCUGCGCGUCGAGUCGGGCAAGUCCCUGGCCAUCGUGGGGGGCAGCGGCAGCGGCAAGUCCACAGUGCUGAAGCUCAUCAACGGGGAGAGCGUGAAGGACCUGCGGCGCGAGGCGCUGCGGUCGGCCGUUGCCGUCGUGCCACAGGACACCGUGCUGUUCAACGACACCAUCCUGCAGAACAUCAGGUACGGCCGCCCUGAGGCCAGCGACGACGACGUCAUGGAGGCAGCACGCAUGGCACACCUGCACGGUUGGCUGGGGGCCGGGGGUGCGUUCCUGCGCAACCCGCGGCUGCUGGUGUGUGACGAGGCCACGAGUGCGCUGGACAGCGCCACUGAGGCCUCCAUCAUGGCAUCACUUGGGGAGCUGGCACAGGGCCGUACGUCCAUUUUUGUGGCGCACCGGCUGUCCACUAUUCGCGCCUGCGACCGGAUCGUGGUGCUGAGUGACGGGCUGGUGGCCGAGGAGGGCACCCACGAGGAGCUCAUGGCGGCGGGGGGCGUCUACAAGUCCAUGUGGGACCGGCAGGCCAACGCCGCGCGUAAAGGCGGGGCCACGCGCGGGCAGCACGCCGACGACGGCAGCGACAGCGAGGAGGGGGGUGAGCUGGAGGGCGACAGCACGGCCGGCGUGGUGGAGCCGCUCCCGGCCAUCAGCGGCAGCGCCCUGAGGAACACCAUGAUGACAGCGCCGUGA